AGGGUGGCGCCAGUGUCCAGCAGCCUCUCUCAGUGCACCCCAGGGUGGCUGUGGCUACAUGUAGCUGCCAUCACCAGUGUGUGGAUGUGUAAAAACACAGGCCAUUUAAAAACAACAAGCUGCUGUCUCCACAACAAUCAAACCUGAUGCCACAUUCAUUUCACUUCAUCCAAGACUAUAAAGUCCUUCCAUGGAUUUCAUGGUGUUGUAGAAGAGUUCAUCUGUCAUAGUUUUGCUGUCAAAUGAAAACAUUGACCUUAUUCGUUGAUGUCAUAAGAUGGUUAGCAUGAAAACUUUAAAUGGCAAAGCUGGUGCUGUUAAAUACAACUGCGCACCUCUGUGAGGUCAUUAAUGAACACUGAACUAAGAUCAGGUGCAGCAAUGCAAAGUGGAGAAAAGACUCAGUGAGAAAAAGUCAUUUGUUGUGUUUUCUUUGUGUGCAGCUGUGAUCAGCUGACCUCACCUCACUGCUCGGUUCAACAACAUGUAAACAGAUGUUACAUGAGCUCUAUGGCUGAUAUCCCUGCACACUGUAAAGCUUUCUGCUAACCUUGAUGCACUCUGACCACGCUCUGCACCAGUCCAACAUAGAGCACCUCUGUAACCUUCACCAGUGUUGCAAACUAACCAGUUUAACCUGCACUGAACUGUCUGACACUUUCAAGCAACCUUUGGAAAACAGAAUUUUGCAGUUGGCCCCCAGCAGCGUGGUGGUCUAUCUGGGCCGGAACAGGCAGUCAGGUCCAAACCCAAAUGCAGUGAAUCGCACAGUGGUAAACAUCACCUGCCAUCCUGGAUACAACUUGUCUACUUUUGAGAACGACAUUUGUCUUCUGAAGCUGUCGGCUCCUGUGAAUUUCACAGACUACAUCUGGCCGAUCUGCUUAGCCUCAGGAAACAGCACUUUCAACAAUGACACCAGCAGCUGGGCCAUCGGCUUUACUUACACUGAUGACAUCUUCAGCAAUAACCUGCAGGAGGAAAUUGUACCAAUAGUGGGAAACAAUGAGUGCAAAGCCAGACAUCCAGGGAUCACAGACAGCAUCAUCUGUACUACAGAGAUGGAUUCAUGUUUGUUUACUUUUGGGGCACCACUGAUGACUCAGAGUGGAUCAGUCUGGCUGCAGAGUGGAGUUCUCAGUAUGCCUAGAUGCUUUGAAGCUCCUUCAACCAUUACAGCCGACACUACAUAUCCUUCAGUCUACACUCCUGUGUCCCAGUACCAGAAAUGGAUCAGCGACACAGUUACAGGGACACCACCAGGCUUUGUUACCUUCCCCUCCCCACACAGUUCAUUACAAACCACUGCUCCUCCCACUGCUUCUCCCACUGCUGCUCCCACCACUCCUCCCACCACUCCUCCCACUGCUGGUCCCACCACUCCCUCCAGCGCUCCUCCCACUGCUGCUCCCACCACUCCUCCCACUGCUGCUCCCACCACUCCUCCCACUGCUCCUCCCACUGCUGCUCCCACUACUCCCUCCAGCGCUCCUCCCACUGCUCCUCCCACUGCUGCUCCCACCACUCCUCCCACUGCUGCUCGCACCACUCCUUCCAGCGCUCCUCCCACUGCUCCUCCCACUGCUCCUCCCACCGCUGCUCCCACCACUCCUCCCACUGCUCCUCCCACCGCUGCUCCCACCACUCCUCCCACUGCUCCUCCCACCACUCCUCCCACUGCUCCUCCCACCACGUGUGUGGGUGUGUUUUGCAGUGGUGAAAACCUGAUCCACUGCACUCACUUCACCUCACUGUGUGUUCUCGUUGUGUUGCUCCAUGUGUUUGCUGCAGCUGUUGGAAACUAG